AGUUCGAAAACUAUUUAAAAGAUAAAAAAGAAUUAAAAAGCUCGAGGUUAACAAACUGUUCGUUUUCGAAAUGAUUUCUCCUGCCGUUUGGCUGCAUUCGUGGCUCAACGUAGGCCUUGUGGUUGGGAGCUGCUUAAUAGUCGUCUUCGUGGUCGUUUUAUGUAUAUGUUGUAUACCCAGAAGGGAUUUCUCCCAAAGCGGUGUCGGAGUGCAUUUGUUUAAGAAGCACUCGCGUUCGUUGGUUGCUGAAAAAAAUAAAAAUUACAAAUCGAAUGAUUUGCUGGGCAAUUUCGAUUCGAAGGUCGAGGAAUCGAUAGAAUGCAAAGAGAUAAAGAGCUCUAAUAAGACUUACUCCGAUUUGGACAGCUACGAUGAUUAUAAAGGAGAUGCGGGGGUGUAUUUGAGCAACGAGUCUUUGAGUAGUUUUUAUUCGGCCUAUCCUCUUACGAUUUCCAAGUCUACAUCGAGGGAAAGUUUCGUUAGCAUGUUAUCAGUAUAAUUUAUUGAUAACGAUUCGAUGGUGCAUUUGUUCAAUAAGACUGAACUAAUUAAGCAGGAAUUAUCAUCUUCCCAUAUAGUGGAAUGUUAUAGAUAUGAAAAAAGUUAUUUAUAGAUGAAAAUUCAGUCCUUUAAUGUUAUUUAUUUAUUCUUUUGUAUACAAAAGAUUGUCGUUUUUAAAGUAAUUUAAAUUAAAAAAGC